UUUAGAUAAAUAUGACGACACUUAUCAGCAAAAUCGCAUUCAUCCUAUUUAUUAUAAAAUCGUCACUAGGUGACGUUUUGGAGUGUGAACAAAUAUGUAGUGGAAUUACGAAAUCCAUUCCUAAGCCAUUGAGAGGGAGGCCGGGACCUCCUGGAUCAACGGACUAUAAAGCUAUUGAUGAGGCUGUGGAAGUAAAAAUGAAGGAGUUGACAAAGUCCCUGGAUCUGAAGAUGAUAGAAAUGCAGAAAAAAUUUGAAGAAAAAUUGGAAAUGACUGUUCAAAGUCUGAAAAAUGAAAUUUCAAGCACGAAAGAAGCUCUGUGCCACGUUCGAUACAACGAGAAAUGCUUUUGGAUCGUCGCCCAAACAGGCACGAAUUUUAAGGUCGGUGAGGAGACCUGUGCAAAAGUUCCCGGGGGAAAACCCGCAAAUAUUUACGACCAAAAGCAUUAUGAUUCAAUAAUUAAACACAUGAGGUCUCAAAUAUCUCCUGAUGUAUUUGGGUUGUAUCUCUGGAUCGGGAUGACCUAUGACUUUCAGAGCAAAAAUGUUAAAUUGAACGACGGCAAGACAUCAACAUUCGUCAAAUGGAGAGAGCAUUACCCAGGAAUGACUCAUGAAUAUACAGGGCUCCUCAUAAUGGCAAGAAGAGACGCGGCAGGAAAAUUUGAAGGAAUUUAUAAUCAGAAUCCGAAGUACAAAAAGCCUGGAGUUUUAUGCGAAGCUUGAAUUUUAAAUAUAUUAAAUAUGAGUUUAAUAUUUAUGCGCCAUAUUUUAUGAACUACUUGAUAUGUGGCAAUAAUAUGGCUACUUAA